AUGGCACCGAGGGGUCGCGGGCUCAAAAAGAUUACAGGUGCAUCCCCCACAUCGGGGCGAACAAAUAGCGGAGGCGCUCCGAAUACUGCCGUAGGACAACCUUCAUCUAGAGGAGCGGGAGCUGGCUCAAGGCCUCAGCAAGGAAAAAGUCAAGGGAGAGGAAGGGGAAAAGGAGGAGUAACAAGUCGGGCUGGAGAGUCUACGCCCUCUAGAAAAACAGAUGUGCAACCCGGUGAUCCUAUUCCUCAACCCCGAAAACAUCGCUACCAUCCUGGAACAGUCGCCCUCAAAGAGAUCCGCCGGUACCAGCGGUCCUGGGACCUCCUUCUCCUUAAACUCCCAUUUGCACGCUUAGUUCGAGAAGUGGCUCUGGAAAUGUUACCUGAAGGGGUUGGUGAGGAGCUCAGAUGGCAGUCACAGGCCAUUCAGGCUCUACAAGAAGCUUCGGAAGCAUUCUUGGUACAUCUUUUUGAAGAUACCAAUCUGUGCGCAAUUCAUGCCAAGCGGGUCACGAUCAUGCAGAAAGAUAUGCAGCUUGCGCGACGUAUUCGGGGCGCGUGGGGCGGCAUAGGAUAA